GAAUAGAUUCAAAUUUGAUUCUGCCACCGAUUGGCGGCAGAACUCACAUAGCGGCUAAUUUAGUUCACCUACAACGAACCCGUCGAAUGUAGUCGAAUCGGAGAGUUAAGAACUACAAUAUCGUUGUUCAAUUUGGUGUUUGUGUCUAUCCGUUGUGUGAACUUUAUUGAGACUCCCUGAGACGUGCCAUUUGAAAGCUGUGCAGAAUGUCCAGUUUACGGCCCUCAAAGGCUUCGGCUGGAAAUAGUAUGGUACCAACGGCUCGCGUUUCGGCAACGGUAGAAACGGAACGCUACUUGGAUCUAACUAAACAAACGGAACAAGGAUCCACACAGCUCGGUUCUGGAUCAAAGUUGAAGCGACCUCUCAGCCAAUCAAAUCUAAAUGUCGCCACUACAGAUACAAAAAAGAUCCGGUCAGAGGUCACCAAACCGGUGGUGUCAUCGCUGGGGGCCAAUAGAACGACCCCUAAACGCGCACCCGCAACCGGACGUAACUUCGGAACAGGCGCAGCCGGACGCACAACACCAGGAGGUCGUACUACGCCAGGAGUCCGAGCAGGAGCUGGAACGGGCUUAACGCGAUCGGCAUCAGCUUCGUCAGUAGGCUCCAGAGCGAUAACUGGUGCUCGAACCGGACUCGCUGGCAGGACCACAACAAACGGCCGAGCUCCGCAAUGGUCACAAAAAGAGAUUUGCGAGAAGUUGGUUGCUCUCGAAAAGCAGAUGGCUGAAAAUACUCAGGCGGCUAAAGAACAAGCGGAUCAGUUGAUACAAGAGAAACAGGAAUUAACUGCCGAAACAACUCGUUAUAGGGAAGAUCUACAGGAACGUAUCGAGGAGAUUGGGAGCUUGAAGCGUGACAAGAUGACCUUAAGCGGUCAACUUGAAGAUCUGCAAUCGGAGGUCGGCCGACUCAAAAGUCGUCUUGAAUCAAAGGCUAUCGAGCUCGAAACACUUGAGAAAAGCUAUCAGAUCUUAGAUCGAGAGCACCGUUCUUUUAAACGCGAUAUGGACAUAAAGGAAGCGGAAAAUAAGCGGCUUGACGAUCUGCUCGAAAACGAACGCAAUGAGACAAGGCGCCUAACUUCGGAAAUUGAAGAAGCGAAUCGCGAACGGGAUGCAGCUAAGGCACGGAUGCGCGAAAACGAGAGUCGUCUACGCUACAUUCAUAAUCAAAUGCUCGAGUUGAAAGGUAACAUCCGGGUGUUUGCGAGAGUACGGCCCAUCUGCGAAGAGGAGGGCGACUCUGCCGUGACCACUGCCCCUGAAGAGACUCUAACGGUCGCAAAGCCAAAUACGAAACCUGGUGGUAAACCGAUUCCUGUACUGUUCCAGUUUGAUCGUGUGCUCGGCGCCGACGUCACGCAGCUUGACGUCUUUGAAGAGGUUGAACAACUUGUGAUCUCAGCGCUAGAUGGUUACAACGUGUGCAUUUUCGCGUACGGCCAGACCGGCUCCGGAAAAACGUAUACGAUGGAAGGCCCGCCAGGGCUCGAAUUUGAAGAUGAUUCCCAGGAGCGGCAUUUCGGCAUUAUUCCACGCUCGCUGCAUCGUGUCUUUCAGCUGACUGAAGAACGUUGCGAGUUUGGCUGGGAAUAUACACUCGAAGCAUCGUUCCUUGAGAUCUAUAACGAAACCAUUCAGGAUCUGCUAGACAAGAACAAAUCGAAAGAGUGCAAUAUCCGUCAGACCACCGAUCCAAGGAAGGGUGAAGUGGUAUUCGUCGAGAACCUUGUCUCCAUUUCAGUGAAGUCGGUGCGACAGAUCGCCCAGCUUAUGGAGAAGGCCCGGAAGAACCGUUCAGUAGCAGCGACAAAGUGCAAUGAGCGUUCAUCCCGUUCCCAUUGCGUCUUUCAAUUGCGUAUUACCGCUCGAAAUUCGAUCAACGAGGUGCACCGUGAAAGUACGUUAAAUCUCGUCGAUUUGGCGGGAUCAGAGAGGGUAAAGGAGUCGGGCGCCGAGGGUGCACGCUUCACAGAGACAAAAAAUAUCAAUUCGUCGUUGACGCAACUAUCGACCGUUAUGAUGAGCCUUGGGAAUAAAGCGGCGCAUGUUCCGUAUCGUAACUCAAAGCUUACUCAUCUUCUUUCCACGUCGUUGGGCGGAAAUUCGAAGACGCUCAUGUUCGUCAACGUAUCGCCAGCUACCGCUCACGUCAAUGAGACUCUUAAUUCGUUGAAGUUUGCCCAGAAAGUCAAUGAGGUACACAUUGGUCCCGCCUCGAAGAACAAUAAAGCGUAAUCAACCAAUAACCUCAUGGGCUUUUGUAUUUUGUUGCUGAGGAAACACCGAUUAAGACUAAGGCAAAAAUGAACGCAGUAUUCUCCAUCUUUGCCGUUGUUAUAUGACGAUGUGUGAAGGGUUGAAAAGCUACCGAUUCUUCCGCAGCAAACUUAGACCGGACACCGUCGGUCCAUCUUUGGUAUCGGACUGAGGCAAAUAGAAAUCCAGGACAAGACGAUACAACAUUGCCAGGGAUUGUAUAUAUUUGUAAUACGCAUAUCAUAUUUGUAAUGGGAACGUCUAUUCUACGUCGUAUACUGACGGGCCCAUAUAUGUACAUGUUUAUUGUGCUCAUGUGCUCAUGUUUGUUUUAUUUACUAUUUCUACGUAAUGUGGGAGCACGUUGACGACAUUGCAGGACAACACAGAAAUAAGGUGAAAAUAUAUCUAUUUCGUUGAAAAAGAAGAAAAUAGACCAGCUAAUUGUCAUUGUUUUAUUUAUUAUGCGCCAUGGAUUGUUGUUACAUAAAUUAUCUACAGGGAACCAUUUCACAGAGAACCUUACAGGAUCAUAGGAUCAUCACGACGAUACUCGUUGUGAUUGUAUUGUAUGCAGGAGUUAGCAUUGAGUAAAACCUAUAGUAAUUAAUUUUGCUUUUAGUUAUAACGCAUGCUACCACGGCGGUGAAUUUGCGUGCUACGUAAUAGGUGCGAUUAGGCGUAUCAUAUGAAUUGAGGCCAUUAAUUUAGGUAGUUUUAACGUAUUUGAAUAAAUAUGGCAAUAUGCCGUAUCGUAAUGUAUAACGUAAUCCUGUUUUCUUCGAAUUUGUUCGGAUAAAGAUGAACCGAUGCAAUCUGCAUUUGGAUUUCAAUUACGCGUUUAAUGGAGUACGAUAACGCUCGAAUUGGUUUAUAUAGCUUUAAAGGAAACUACUAAUAAGCGUCUAAAAAAGAUUAGGUUUUAUUUGUCAUGGUUAUCCACUGGAACCACCUAAGUGCAAAGCUGUGUCGUACGAUCGUUCUCAGUAUAAAUGCAACUGUUUCUCUUGGGAUUAAUUCCGUAUGAAAAUAACGGAUUCUCGCUCCCUGACUAUGUUUUUCUUAUUCGCCAUAGAAACAGCAUUUCGUCAUUUUUGCAUUUCAACCCAACGAGAGUCGAGCACUAUAUUUGUCCCGCUUUACUUUAUACAUAUCGAUACUUUGUGGCUUACUUAUUGGCUUGGUUUAUUUCUGUACUUAUUUAUUAUUUGGCAAUACCUAGCUGAACUUCUGAAAGUUCGUGAAAGAAGUCUCAUCCAAGUUUACGAAUUUAUUCAAUAUUGACAUCACGUACCGGCUUCGAUCACGCAAUCUUUAUUUAAAGCAAUAAAGAUUAAAACGAAUUAAUGAUUAGCAUUUCUAUUUAACAAUCAGCAUUAGACUAUCGUCAGAGCAAUAUGAACUAAUUAAUUUGAAGAAGGCAAUUGAAGGAGCGUCAGGAAUCGUUUUUGUCUUGAUUGCAUUGAUUCAUAUCUCAAGUCCUUAAAAUGAAGUCUUGCUUUGUUAUGGCUCUAGAAACGUCAUGUAUAACGCGUAUGCAUCAACGUACGCGUAGAGUUAAGGCCGAAUUAUUCACCUGUAUGAUGCAACAGCUGUACAGAAAUUGCUACUGUUUUCUACUUUAACCCCCGAAACGGUGUGAUUGCAUACUCGCAAACAGUUAUACAUCAUUGCAAAAAGAAGCUUUAGCGAAUUGGUCACGAAUAUUGGCCGCGGAAAGCGGAAGCUUUCUUAUACAUCAAAAAUUAAUGUAGAGAGCAAAGCUUUAUCGCGCGAUUGACAUGCAUACAUGAAAGCUAAGGAAAGCCGGUAAACAACGAUGUUCAUUUCGAUA